GUAUCAUGAAACAUGGAAAUCGAAACACUGAUGUUUGCAGCUCACCCAGGGGCUCUGUGAUCAUGACACUUUGAUGGAGUCCGUUGUCUUAUCAUGCACCGCGUACCACGUGUGUUGUGUCUGUUUUCCGCAGGCACCUGACAGAACUCUGGGAUGCAUCGAGUCAGUUCUGGCAGCACAGAUGGAACCAGCUCUAUCACGAUGUGGCGGGAGGCAACGAGUUCCUUCUAUCUAGCCUUCUAUGGAGUUCCAUGGUCGCCUUCUACUGGUUGUUCAAUGCAUUCUUCAUCUUCGUGGAGCUGACUGGAACCCCUUCGAGCAUCUUGCAAUAUCGUAUCCAGCCUAAAAAGAAGCCAGCUGUGGUGGAAUGGCAGACGUUCAAGAAGUGUUUGAAGGUUGUCCUCUUAAACCAGUUGGCUGUGGGUUAUAGCAGCCAACUUGCACUCUACUGGAUCUUCCAAAAGCGCGGCGGAUUAUUUGCCGAGACCCUGCCGUCCUUCCAGUGGUGCUUGGUGGAGCUGGCAAUCUCUAUGUUUAUCUUUGAGGUGAUUUUCUUCUAUUCGCACCGGUUCAACCAGAACUUUGGCAUGCUGGGGAUCUUUGAUUUUCUGUAUGGCACGGACAGUCGCUUCCGUAAAUCAAAGUCGUACGAGCGCCAUUCCAUGCUACUUGGCACCACCCCAGCCAACGUUCUGAUUCCGGACGAACCAAAGAAAUGCCAGUAAAAGGUCAAGUCGGCAGUGCAUGUGCGUGUGUGCACCCUCACUGCUGUUGCUAGUCUCCUCACAGUCCACCCUUGACCGUCCCAUCCUCCAGUUUCAAUGGUAGUAUUGUCACUACUCUACAUGUACGUGUAUUGUAACAUACCUCCAUCAAUGCUAGUCACAUGGCAAAUUCCACUUAGCUACCGUGACUACUUCAGGCAUGCCUUUGAUAUUAUUAUUUUUAUUCACAUAGCUAUGGGUAUUUUUGUGGCAAAUUCACUAGUGCCCUAGCUCGGCCCAAUCUGUGUUCUAUCAUGGGUGGUUAAAUAACGACAUCGCAUUGUUCAAUCUUCCAGUCCUAUCAGUGACAACUCUCAUAGCCAAUGUGCAUUGUUUCCGACGGCGAUCACCAAGAAGUUAUGUUCUCUUUCUCACCUAGGGCCGUUCACAAUUUGUUUUCCAUUUCAAUUUCCGCCCUUUCCGCCAUCCUGGAAGCAUGGAGAGGGACAGUACCGGUAUUAUAAAUAUUUUUAAGUUACAAGCGGGGCAUUGGCUAUGUCAUCACUCAUCAGUACUACUUUCCGGCUGUACUGCUGUGACAUCACUACUACUUUCCGGCUGUACUGCUGUGACAUCACUACUACUUUCCGGCUGUAAUGCUAUGACAUCAGUACUACUUGCUCCCAAGUCACUCUGUUUUCUGUACCCGACUACCGGUACUUAAUUGUGUCACUAUUCAAGGUACUUUAUACUUGAAGUACUACGCUUACUUCAUACAAAGUGUUGAAAUUUGAA